AAUUGUUCAUCGUCUCUCCAUUUUCCUCCUUUCUAAGCUCAGCUUCCUUGUCAAGCUUAGUUUCCGAAUUCACCAUCUUCUUCUUCUUCUCUGUUGUCUUCUUACUCGCUCUCAAUGGCGCGAAAUCGGGAGGGACUGGUUCUGUUGCUUGAUGUCGGGCCACCAAUGCACGGUAUUCUUCCGGAAGUUGAAAAGGCGUGUUCUUUGUUAAUAGAAAAGAAGUUGAUUUUCAACAAGUAUGACGAAGUUGGAGUGAUCUUUUUCGGAACUGAAGAGACCAGGAAUGAGCUUGCAAGGGAUAUAGGCGGAUAUGAGCAUGUUAUUGUUUCGAGACAAAUCAAGGCUGUUGAUGAAAACCUUGUUGAGGAUAUACAGCAGCUUCCUCGAGGAACUGUAGCUGCCGAUUUUCUUGACGCCUUAAUUGUCGGAAUGGAUAUGAUGAUAAAAAAGUACGGUCCUACAGAAAAAGGGAAAAAACGGCUGUGUCUCAUCACUAAUGCAGUCUGUCCUACAAAAGAUCCAUUCGAAGGGACAAAAGAAGAUCAAGUCAGCACCAUUGCGACGAAAAUGGCUGCAGAAGGUAUAAAGAUGGAAAGCAUUGUUGUGAGGGGAAAUUUAAGCGGUGAUUCUGAUCAGAAGAUUAUGGAUGAGAAUGACCAUUUAUUGAAAUUACUCUCCAGCAGAGCGAGUGCUAGAAUAGUUUAUGUUGAGAGUCCACUAUCACUGCUUGGGGCCUUAAAAACCCGGCGAAUUGCUCCAGUUACUGUGUUCAGGGGUGACCUUGAGAUUAACCCAGAACUGAAGAUUAAGGUCUGGGUUUAUAAGAAAGUGUCUGAGGAAAGGCUACCCACACUAAAGAAAUACUCUGAUAAAGCACCUCCAACUGACGAGUUUGCCCAACAUGAAGUAAAAGUAGAUUAUGAGUACAAAGUUAGUGGAGAAUCAAGCCAGGCUCUCGCCCCAGAGGAACGGAUCAAAGGCUAUCGCUAUGGUCCUCAGGUUGUACCUAUAUCAUCUGAUCAGAUGGAAGCCCUCAAGUUUAAACCCGAAAAAGGAAUUAAGCUUCUGGGGUUUACUGAUGCUUCAAACAUAUUUCGACAUGAACCGGGAAAGACAAAAUCUGUUCUUGCCGCCUCUGCCAUUGCAAGAGCGAUGAGUCAAGCUAAUAAGGUUGCAAUUUUACGAUGUGUCUGGAGAAAAGGACAAGGGAAUGUCGUUAUUGGUGUCUUGACCCCUAAUGUAUCUGAUAGAGCUGAUACCCCUGAUUCAUUUUACUUCAAUGUGCUCCCUUUUGCCGAGGACGUUCGUGAGUUUCCGUUUCCCUCUUUCAGCAGAUUGCCCGCAUCAUUGAAGCCAGAUGAGCAACAGCAAGCAGCAGCAGAUAAUUUAGUGAAGAUGCUUGACCUUGCACCGUCUGGUAGAGAGGAAGUCCUCAAGCCCGAUCUUACUCCAAACCCGGUUUUGCAGCGGUUUUAUCGUUUUCUUGAGUUGAAAUCAAAAUCCCCGGAUGCUGCUUUACCUCCACUCGACAAAACUCUCAAGGGCAUCAUGGAUCAAGACUCAGAAUUGCUUUUAAAGAGCAAGUUCAUCUUGGAUGCAUUUCGUGGAAGCUUUGAACUCAAGGAGAACCCUAGACUGAAGAAAGCAUCUAAGCUGUUGUUACGGGAGAAACCAUCUGGCUCAGAUGAUGAAAACGAUCGUAUGGAUGUCGAGGCUGAAAACAAAUCCCUGGUUGACAAAAUCCGAGAUGCAAACCCUGUUCAGGAUUUCGAAGCCAUGAUGUCCCGGAGAGAUAGUCCAGAUUGGGUUGACAAAGCAAUCGUGGAAAUGAAAAACAAGAUACUGAAGCUCAUAGAAGAACCUGAUGGAGAGGACAAAGCCUUGGCAUGUCUGCUUUCCCUCCGCAAGAGCUGUGUCCUUGAACAGGAGCCGAAGCAAUUCAACAAUUUCCUGCGGCAUCUUUACCAGUUAUGCGUCGAGAAAAACCUGACCUGUUUUCUUAAACACCUCACUUGCAAAAAAGUCAUGUUGAUUCCCAAAUCCGAAGCUGAAGACAGUGACGUAGCGGACGAGGAAGCGAAAGACUUUCCCGUCAAACGCGAGCCGAUGCCUGACAGCUGAGCCAAUUUUUCUCAGGAAAUUACUCUCUUGUUUUCUGUAAAUCGUCAUCAUAUAAUGUGAUUCUUUUUGGCAUGAAUCUGUGACACUUUGCAUCAGUAAUCAAAUCGUAAGUGUUGAACAGAUGUGAAAUUUUUGUCA